AUGUGGACUUUUCAAUGGCAAUGCAUACAUCUUUUCCUUAUAUACAAUACCGUGCCACGCUUCGUCGCGAACUGGCCAUUAUUGAAUUCGUCCGGGGUACAAUUAGCAGGUAUCUUUUACGAGGAUUCGAACACCACAGAAUCGACAUCAUGGUCUCGCCAGUGUCGCGCAAUGUUCAAAUCGGCGAUAGUACUGGCUCAGAAAUACAAUAUAACUGUUAACGGGCAUUUUAUUGGCUGGCAGACGAUUAGGAGUGAUGGCAAUUCGAUAAAUACUUUGAGCAGUACUUGCCGACUAGUGCCGAAUUCAAGCAUUGUUGGUAUUGUCGGUCCUCCUUUUUCAAGAGAAUCUCAUUUUAUGGCUCCGUUUGCUGCUCAACUUCGUAUUCCUAUGGUGUCCUAUGCUUCGACUGAUCCUGAUCUGUCCGAUCGACGGACAUAUCCCAGUUUCUAUCGUACGCUUCCUGCAGACACGGCGGCCGCGCUAGCAAUAGCUAAACUUUUUGACCUGUACAAUUGGACGUCAUGUAUUAUCAUCUAUCAAAAUGAUGCAUUUGGAUUGGGUGGAACAAAAGCAAUCAGCGACACGUUUGAGAAGAAUAAUUUAACCGUGGCAGAAAUGAUAGUAUUCGAUACUAUGACACGUUCUAUUAAAGGUGACUUAAGAGCUCUUUUAAUGAGCAGCUCAACACGAUUAGUCAUACUGUGGGCUGAUUCAGGCUAUUCAGCUUCUAUCUUAGAACUUGCCUUACGCGCUGAUGUGCUCGGUCCACAAUUCAUGUGGAUAUUGAGUACGAAUAUUCCUUUGAAUUCUUUUCUGCCUACAUGGCAGGAACAAUUGAGUGGUAUGCUCACCCUCGAGCCGGUGGUGGGAGGUCUUGCUUAUGGACUCAUCAAUAAAACCUUACUCAACGAAGCAUAUGAGAUAUGGAAAACGUAUGAGCCUGAAUCGUUUCCAGAAUCGAAAAACGUUGAUUAUUAUGCUCUCUUUGCCUUCGAUGCAACUUGGACGCUGAUUCAAGCAUUGAGUCAUCUUUGUUCAACAACUACUCCAUGUGUUUCAUUGUUUAAUAGCUCAUACUGUUUUGAUCGACAGUUAAUCAACUCAAGCUCAUUGUUUGAUAUCAUUGAUUCAAAUACAUUUCUUGGUGUAUCCGGUCCAAUAGCAUUCAGCGCAAACACAACUGAUCGUGUCAACGGCACCUACUAUAUAGUGAAAAAUGUGCAGAGUUCUUCUAAUAUUCUAAGUUAUGUUCCAGUGCUCGUCUCAUCAGAGACAGGUGAAUGGACAGCUAAUGGACGGAUGAGCUCGAUUAUAUGGCCUGGUAAAUCAACCGUACCUCCUACUGGUUAUGCAUCAAUUUCAGGUUUAGUUCUACAAAUUGCUGUUAUCGAGGCAGUACCGUUUACAAAAUGUACAGCGACCACUGAUGACUAUGGACAAACAGCUCAGAAAAUAGUCGGAUAUAUUCCUGAUCUUAUAAAACAGUUAGAAAAAGCAAUGGGAUUCAUUUCAAAUAUAACGUGUUUACCAUCAAAUCAGAGUUACAAUGCACUUAUUAAUGCCGUUGCAAAUGGCGCUUAUGAUAUGGUUGUUGGUGAUGUGACAAUCUAUGCUGAUCGACGAAAAUUAGUUACUUUCUCCGCCGGAAUUUUUGAUAAUUCAUUACGAAUUAUCACACGUAUUGCACCCGUCGAACCAGUCAAUUAUUGGUCUUUCCUACGACCGUUUUCAUUUCAUCUUUGGAUAAUCAUCAUAUGCGUUAUUGUCUGGUCGGCUAUUUUAAUAUUUUUAUUUGAAGGCCGUCGCAAUCGAACAAUGAAACGUAAAUCUCUCAUUCAUCAAUUUGAAUUAAGUAUGUAUUACGCGUUUGGAACUCUUGUUGGAUAUAAUUGGGAUUAUCGUAUCAGGACGCCUAUGAGUCGAUUAGUAACUGGUGCUAUAUACAUUCUCAGUUUUGUUCUAGUAGCGCAAUAUCAAGCGAAUCUGACGUCUGAUUUAACAGUAGCUAAGACAAAUAACAUCAUUUCUGGUAUUGAGGACUUGAAAAACGGAAAAGUGGCACCUGGACGGAUAGGUAUCCGUACGAAUACGGCUAUUGAAACCUUUUAUUUACGAGAAGUAUCCGGUGGUAGUCGAGAUUUUUAUCCAUUACGCACAAAGGCUGAAACCUUUCAGAAACUCUUGACUAAUGUAAUCGACGUAGCUUUGAUGGAUAGUGGCGUGUCAGAGUAUUUCGCUGGGAAUGUUUACUGCAAUUUAACAUUAGUUGGCGCGCCUGCUGAUUACAGUCAGUUUGGAAUUGUUACUCAAAAGAACUGGAUUUAUCAACAAAUUUUAGACGUAAAUAUCCUAUCAUUGCGAGAAUCGGGUGUAUUAGAUAGUUUGAAAACGAAAUGGUUUCAAGCCAGCUAUUGUUCGAAUACAUCGUCGAUACUAGUUGAUCAGCUGUCGAUUGGAACAAUGGCUGGUGUAUUUAUCAUAUUCGGAAGUAUAAGUAUUCUGGCAUUAUUAUUAUUUAUGUGCCAAAACAUGGUAAUCGUCAAGUACUAUCUCUCUGGAUUAGUCAAGAAAUCUAUUUAUUUCAUACGUCGUACCGUUCGACCCAGUACUAAGCGUGAUAUUCUUCGAACUCCUGCUCUUUAUUCAGUUCCUCGUAGUUCUUCGAACAGUUCAAUUGCCAGCCACAACACUAAAUUUUGA